AUGUCGUCAGCGCAAGACCCUUUCUAUAUUGUGAAGGAGGAGAUUCAAGAAUCUAUUGACAAGUUGCAAUCUUCUUUUCACCAAUGGGAACGGAUUUCUUCUGAUACGGGAGAGCAAGUGCGUCUUACAAAGGAGCUGCUUGCUGCUUGUGAGAGCAUCGAGUGGAAGGUGGAUGAAUUGGACAAAGCAAUUUCUGUAGCGGCUAGAGAUCCUUCUUGGUAUGGAAUUGAUGAAGCAGAACUUGAAAAACGGAGAAGAUGGACCAGCACUGCUCGCGCUCAGGUGGGCAAUGUGAAGAAAGCAGUAGUAUCUGGAAGAGAGGUGAAUCUUAGUGGAACUGCUAGUGUGAAUGGGAUGCGCAGAGAAUUAUUGAGGAUGCCUAAUGCUCAACAGACUGACAAAUCCAAUCAGUAUAGUCAAGAUAAUGAUGAUUUUAUACAAUCAGAAUCAGAUAGACAAAUGCUUCUUAUAAAGCAACAGGAUGAGGAGUUGGAUGAGCUUAGUGCCAGUGUGGAGAGAAUUGGAGGUGUUGGCCUUACCAUACACGAAGAACUCCUUGCACAGGAAAAAAUCAUAGAUGAUUUGGAUACGGAAAUGGACACUACAUCGAAUCGACUUGAUUUUGUUCAGAAAAAAGUGGCUAUGGUCAUGAAGAAGGCCAGCACAAAGGGGCAAUUGAUGAUGAUAUUGUUUUUGGUCGUUUUGUUCAUCAUCUUAUUUGUUCUGGUCUUCUUGACCUAA